GAGCCAAUCAGAGAGGCUGUGACAUCCAGUGCAGGAUGAGGCGAGAGCGUCCCUAAUUGGGAAGCUGCCCCAGGAGGUUACUGCUUCUGUGGUGCGUCCCGCUCCUUCAGCUCUAGCGCCUCUCCUGCUGCGGCAGGGGUCCCUGCAGGACAUGGAGCCGGCCCAGGUUGUGGUGAUUGGCAGCGGAAUCAUUGGUCGCAGCUGGGCUAUGGUGUUUGCUGGUGGCGGCCUCAGAGUGAAACUUUAUGAUGUUGUACAACCACAGAUAACAAGCGCUCUGGAGUACAUUAGCAAAGAAAUGAAGGAGCUGGAAAAGUCUGGAAUGCUGAAAGGAACUCUCAGUGCAGAGAAGCAAUUGUCUCUUAUUAGUGGCUGUAUGGACCUAAAGACAGCAAUAGAGGGGGCAGUUUUCAUUCAGGAAUGCAUACCAGAGAAACUGGAAUUAAAAAAGGAGAUUUUUGGUCAGUUAGAUCUUAUUGUCAAUAAUGAUGUUAUCCUAAGCAGCUCUACUUCUACUCUUUUGCCUACUAAGUUGUUUACUGGCCUUAAACAUGUGAAGCAAUGCAUUGUGGCACAUCCUGUAAAUCCGCCCUAUUACGUGCCGCUGGUUGAACUGGUUCCACAUCCAGAAACAGAGCCAUCUACAAUGGAUAAAACUCAUGCUCUGAUGAAGAAGGUUGGACAGUCACCCAUCAGAUUAACCAAAGAGAUAGAUGGGUUUGCUCUGAACCGUCUCCAGUAUGCAGUUAUUAGUGAGGCAUGGAGGCUUGUAGGUGAAGGAGUAGUAUCUCCUGCUGAUCUAGACCUUGUGAUGUCUGAUGGAUUGGGAAUGCGGUAUGCAUUUAUAGGACCGUUUGAAACGAUGCAUCUCAAUGCAGAAGGAAUGACAAAUUAUUGUGAGAAAUACCGGGGAGGAAUGAUACAUGUUCUGAAAACCUUUGGACCAGUGCCAGAUUUUUCAGGUGAAACAGAGCAGAAAAUCAGCCAGGCCAUGAGUGAAAAAACUCCAGCUGAUCCAGAACACCUCAAGGCCAGGAGAGCAUGGAGAGAUGAAUGUCUUAUGGGCCUUGCCAAGUUGAAGAAACAAAUGAAAUCCAACUGAGUUGCAUUUUCUAUAAUACACAGGGGCAAAUUAUUUGUAGGUCUCCACAAAAGUGGGUGCUUCUGUUUCCAUAGGCAAAAAUCUGUAUUUGCUGGUACAGAGCAGGUGACUCAAUAUGCAUGCAGUGAAUUUUGCCAAAUGUGAUCCAAACGGCCAUUACAUUAUUAAUUAGUGACAAGAAACUAAUUCAUAAAAACUUUGCAUCUGAUUAUUCUAAAUGCUUUAAUACUAGCUUCUGCAGAUUUGUGGCCCUGCCAGUCCCAAGAUAUUAGAGAGACAAGGUGAGUUAGUGAGAUAAUAUACUUUAUUGGACCAACUUCUCUUGGUGAGAGAGAGCAGAAGCUGAUCCAGUAAAAGUAUAACCUCACCCACCUGGUCUCUAUAAUACUAGCUAGGAUCAGCAUUAUUAAUACUGUAUACUAGACAGGCACACGAUUUUUAAAAUGAUGCAUUUUAUAAUCUUGCUUGGUGAUAUGUAGCCUCAGCCGUGCUUGGGGUCCAGGGACAGGCAGUCAUUAGCUGUUUAUCAUUAUGGAACAAAUUCUGCUCCCCAUAAUCGUCUGUUGAUAUGGUGAGCUCUGUCUAAUUCCACUGCAUUGGGGUGAAAAGAGAAUUUGUGGAAUGCAUAUAGGGAACAGAAAAGGAUCCACAGAAUAGGAGCAUAAAAUAGCUUCUGGGGUUGGUGCAACCCGGCUCAGUAGCAAUUCCACAAGCUUGGUGAGAAAAUAACUUUCCCGUCCCUCCUCCUUCCCUUAGGCACUUAGAUACCAUGGUGAUAGAGAAGGCGUAAGUACCUGAAUAGAACAGAGAAGAACCUCUCCCUGCCCCCCAGCUUCUAUAGAACUCAUCAGGGCCCCACCUGGUUUUUCAGGCUGAGUACUUGACAGCCCAUGACUGCCCUGAACAAAGUCAGCCAUUUUUUAUGCCACCAGUUGUUUAUUGCUACCUAGAAAUUCAGAAUAAGUAUGUCCCAUUUAGGUCUCUCUAGAAGUGAUAAAAAGGUGAUUAGUGUUAUUUUUAAAUUGAGUUAGCUACCUGAAGAGGUGAGAGGGUGUAGUGAACAUUGAGCUGAGCUCUGCAGUCUCUUCCCAGCUCUGCCACUGACAUGUGUGACCUUGGGUGACUCACUUCUUCCUCUGCCUCUGUUUUGUCUCUAGCCUUUUGUUUGUGUACCAGUUAGCUCUUUGGGGAAGGAACGGUCUCUGUGUCAGUGCCUACCAUGGUGAAGCUUUGAUUUUGGUUUGAACCUUUGAGCACUAAAGUAAUAUAAAUAAUACAUAGAACUCUGCAAAUCUGCAGCUACCCACUUUAUAUCCACAGAACGUAGACGGUGUAAAACAGUGGCUAUGUUGUAUGGUGUUUCAAACCCUGGCAGCUAAUAUCAUUUUAAAAAUGCAUUUCUCCCUGUUCUAGAGGAGGUCAGAGAAGGUUUUAAUAACUCUUUUUAAACAAGAUUAUUUCCUUUUUGCUAUGUUCAAGUCUCAUGACAUUUUAGCUGAUAUAUUGCUUUGCUUUGCUUUAGCUUGUUUUGACAUCAUUGUAAAUUUAUCUCAUCAUCAAAAAUCUGCCUCCAUUUCUCUCUUUGCUUAUGAAUAAAAGGUUCCAAUGAAAUAUACUGA